GUCUAGUGGAAUGUAGUUGCCAUUAGUGGGAGUUGAGCUGAAGCUGGCUAACAAGCUAGCCUACUAUGUUAAGACUGAGCUGGAGACACAGAGGAAAGUGAUGAAAACAUGCCUCACUUCACUGUGGUACCUGUGAAGGAUCGAGCCCAAACCAGCUACGACAGUCUAGAGGGGAUUAACUGGGUGGAUUACAGGGACACUGGACAGGACUACCCUGAUCAUCAAGAAACUGUCAGUUCUGAUGGACAUGGAAAUCACAAAGAGGACAGCCCUUUUCUCAACAGCGCUGAUGCUGCUAGCAAGAAGAAUGACUUCUACGACAGGAACCUGGCAUUGUUUGAGGAAGAGCUGGAUAUCAGGCCCAAGGUUUCCUCUUUGCUCAGCCGCUUGGUCAACUACACCAACAUCACUCAAGGAGCCAAAGAGCAUGAGGAGGAGGAGAGCGCUGAGGCCUCACGUAGGAAGACCCCCAAGUCUCCCAACAUGGGCACUCUGAUGGGAGUCUACCUGCCUUGUCUGCAGAACAUCUUUGGGGUCAUUCUGUUUCUGCGGCUGACAUGGAUUGUGGGGAUGGCUGGCAUCAUCCAGUCCCUCCUGAUCGUCCUAAUGUGCUGCUCAUGUACAAUGCUCACAGCCAUAUCAAUGAGUGCCAUCGCAACUAACGGUGUUGUUCCAGCUGGAGGGGCAUACUUCAUGAUCUCCCGCUCCCUGGGCCCAGAGUUUGGAGGAGCUGUGGGGCUUUGCUUCUACUUGGGCACCACAUUCGCUUCAGCCAUGUAUAUACUGGGAGCUAUUGAGAUCUUCCUGAAAUAUCUAGUCCCCCAGGCAGCUAUCUUUCACGCCUCAGACCACCAUGGGACUGACAGCGCCAUGCUGAACAACAUGAGGGUCUAUGGUAGUAUCUGCCUGAGCCUGAUGGCAGUAGUGGUGUUCGUAGGAGUCAAAUAUGUCAACAAGCUGGCCUCUCUCUUCCUCGCCUGCGUCAUUAUUUCAAUUGUCUCCAUUUAUGCUGGGGCAAUCAAAUCUAUGACUCAUCCGCCGGAAUUCCCGAUCUGCAUGCUGGGAAACAGGACUUUGGUGAGAGACCGCUUUGACGUGUGUGCUAAGACUGUAAUAAAGGGCAAUAUCACAGUGCCCAGUGAGCUGUGGGAAAGCUUCUGCAGCCCAGGGAACAUGAGCAGCGCUCAGUGUGAUGAGUAUUUCAUCCAGAACAAUGUGACUGAGAUACAGGGCAUCCCCGGACUGUCAAGUGGAAUAAUUAGAGAAAACAUGUGGAGUGACUACAUGCCAAAGGGGGAGAUCUUAGAGAAGGCGGGGCUGCAGUCGGUGGAUUCUCACUGGAGCAUGGAGACGUUUUCCAUGUAUGUGUCAGCAGACAUCGCAACAUCUUUCACACUUCUUGUGGGCAUCUUCUUCCCAUCAGCCACAGGUAUCAUGGCAGGCUCCAACAGAUCUGGUGAUCUCCGUGAUGCUCAGAAGUCCAUCCCUGUUGGAACUAUUUUAGCUAUUACCACUACUUCACUUGUCUAUUUAACUUCUGUGGUCCUGUUUGGAGCUUGUAUUGAAGGAGUAGUCCUCAGGGACAAAUUUGGAGACGCAGUCAAUAAAAACUUGGUUGUAGGGACUCUCUCCUGGCCGUCUCCAUGGGUUAUUGUCAUUGGCUCCUUCUUUUCCACGGUGGGGGCGGGCCUGCAGUCCCUUACUGGAGCCCCACGGCUUUUGCAGGCUAUUGCCAAGGACAACAUCAUUCCUUUCCUGCGGGUAUUUGGUCACGGAAAGCCCAAUGGUGAGCCUACAUGGGCGCUGCUACUGACUGGCCUAAUUGCAGAGCUGGGUAUUCUUAUUGCCUCGUUGGAUAUGGUGGCCCCUAUUCUGUCUAUGUUCUUCUUGAUGUGUUAUCUUUUUGUAAACUUAGCAUGUGCAGUACAAACACUGUUGCGCACACCUAACUGGAGGCCAAGGUUCAAAUAUUACCACUGGGCGUUGUCAUUCCUAGGCAUGAGUAUGUGUCUGGCUCUAAUGUUCAUCUCCUCCUGGUACUAUGCUAUUGUGGCCAUGGGUAUAGCUGGGAUGAUCUACAAGUACAUUGAGUACCAGGGAGCAGAAAAGGAGUGGGGAGAUGGCAUAAGAGGACUGUCCCUCAGUGCUGCACGAUAUGCCUUACUUAGACUGGAGGUUGGGCCCCCCCACACCAAAAACUGGAGACCCCAGUUGCUGGUGUUAUUGAAGCUGGAUGAAGACCUACAUGUGAAAUAUCCUCGACUCCUGACCUUCGCCUCGCAGCUGAAGGCAGGAAAGGGUUUGACCAUUGUGGGUUCUGUCAUCCAGGGAAACUUCUUGGACAGCUAUGGGGAAAUGCAGGCAGCUGAGCAGGCCAUUAAAAAUAUGAUGGAGAUUGAACGGGUCAAAGGUUUCUGUCAGGUUGUUGUGGCAUCUAAGGUUCGGGAAGGUAUUGUUCAUCUGAUCCAGUCCUGCGGUCUGGGUGGCAUGAAGCACAACACAGUGGUAAUGGGCUGGCCAUAUGGUUGGAGACAGAGUGAAGACCCUCGCGCCUGGAAGACUUUCAUCAACACUGUCCGCUGCACCACUGCUGCCCACCUGGCCCUAAUGGUGCCUAAAAACGUGUCCUUCUACCCGAGCAACCAUGAACGCUUCACAGACGGCAACAUCGAUGUGUGGUGGAUCGUCCAUGAUGGAGGGAUGCUUAUGCUGCUGCCUUUCCUGCUCAAACAGCAUAAAGUUUGGAGGAAAUGCAGGAUGCGCAUCUUCACUGUAGCUCAGAUGGAUGACAACAGUAUCCAGAUGAAGAAAGAUCUGGCCACGUUCCUUUAUCAGCUACGAAUAGAGGCUGAAGUGGAGGUGGUGGAGAUGCAUGACAGUGACAUCUCUGCAUACACCUAUGAGCGGACGUUAAUGAUGGAGCAGAGGUCCCAGAUGUUGAGACAAAUGAGGCUAUCCAGUGCAGAAAGGCAGAGAGAGGCACAGUUGGUGAAAGACAGACACUCUUUGGUGCGUAUGGGCAGUCUGUACUCGGAUGAGGAGGAGGAGGUGAUAGAGACUCCUCCAGAGAAGGUUCAGAUGACGUGGACUCGGGAAAAAGUCGAGGCAGAGAGGAGGAACAAGAACAAUGCGCCAGAGAACUUCAGAGAACUCAUCAGCCUUAAACCGGAUCAGUCCAAUGUGCGGCGAAUGCAUACGGCUGUGAAACUGAACGAGGUAAUUGUCAACAGGUCUCACGAUGCUCGAUUAGUUUUACUCAACAUGCCCGGGCCACCCAGGAACACAGACGGCGAUGAGAAUUAUAUGGAGUUUCUGGAAGUCUUAACAGAAGGCCUGGAAAGAGUGCUGCUUGUCAGAGGUGGAGGUCGGGAAGUUAUCACCAUCUAUUCAUGACCAGUUACGAGCCAUUUCUUAAGCAUCGGCCUUUGUUAAAUCAGAAU